UAAGAAACUCGUAGCUUUAAAACACACACUUCCUCCUAUAUAUUUUCCUUGACCAUACCAGUCACCAGUGAAGUAGCAGCCUUAACAAUAUAUUUACCUCAAACUUGAUGUCCUUUAAGGAGAGACUACAGUAUGUCAUCAAGAGAAGAUUGUGAUUCUGGGGAACUUCAUCCACUGAAGACCUGGGAAGAAUUAAUAGAGUGGAAGGAACCAAGUGUAAACAGUGAUGAGAUCGUCAAUGUGAAGAAGUUGUGCUCUCGGGCAUCCCAUCACCCCCCCACGUACCCAAACACACUUAUUUGCCAUGAUAUGAAAGGAGGGUAUUUAGAAGACAGAUUCUAUAAGGGGUGUGGAAACAAGGAUGCAUACAGGUUUUAUCGCUGGUCUGGAAUUGACAUGUUUGUGUACUUCAGUCACUCCCUUGUUACAAUACCACCACCAGGUUGGAUUAACACAGCUCACCAACAUGGAGUAAAAGUCCUUGGAACAUUUAUCACUGAAUGGGAUACUGGUUCUGCUAUUUGCAAAAAAAUGUUGGCAAGUAAAGACUCGGUAGCAAAUUGUGUGUCACAGUUGGUCAAGAUUGCGAGCUACCACAGCUUUGAAGGCUGGCUCAUCAACAUUGAAAAUGAAAUUGAUCCUGAGCAGAUUGGGCUCCUGAAAGAUUUUGUGCAGCGAUUGACACUAGGGAUGAAAGAAGCUUGUCCCAGUGCAGUUGUGAUAUGGUAUGACAGUGUUACCAUAGAGGGAAAACUGAAAUGGCAGAAUGAGCUUAAUGAUCUUAACAGGGCAUUUUUUGAUGCUUGUAAUGGAAUAUUCCUCAACUACACAUGGACAGAUGAUCAUCUGAAACGAUCUCAAGAAGCAGCUGGUGAGAGAAGUAGUCAGGUCUAUGUGGGUCUUGAUGUAUUUGGACGCAAUUUCUAUGGAGGAGGAAAGUUUAACACCUUCAAGGCCAUGGAAGCUGCUAGAGCCCACAACUUGUCAGCUGCCAUCUUUGCCCAAGGAUGGACUUAUGAAACUCAAGAUAAUUUUGUUGAAGCCGAGAAUAGAUUAUGGGACUCCUUAGCACCGUACCUUGCACAUCACGGGCCCCAGUGUCUACCCUUCCGAACAUCAUUUUGUCAAGGCUUUGGAGAAAAAUGUUUUCUGCGGGGAAAGAUUGUGAGGAAUGAUCCUUGGCAUAACUUGAGUAAUCAACAUUAUCAGCCUCUGUGGUCUCAAGAAGGAGAUGCCAAAUUGUCCUUGGUGACUUGUGACGCCUUCAGUGGUGGUGGGUGCCUGAGCUUAACCACAGCAUCUACAGCUACAGUCAGGUUAUUUGUAUGUGGGAUAAGUUGGAGAUUAGCGCUGCUUGUGUCCGUGUGUUACAAGUGGCAAGGGCCAGUGGUGCCUUUUAGCUUAUUGCUACACCUUGGGCCAACUACCUGCACUGAAGAUGUAGCUACAAUUAAGAGGAUAUUACCACUACAAUGUGAAAAAUAUUCUGACAAACACAUGGAUGAUAAUGCUCAUGCUGAAAGGUGUGCGGAGAUGGAAUCAGGAAGUUCUAAAAUUGAGAAGAACGAUAAAAAUGAUGUGGCUGAACCUUUGUUGGUGGUGGACACAAAAGAAAAUGACUGGACAGUUAAAUCAUUCAUCAUCAAGGAAGUAGAAGGAUGUGAACUGAAGCAAAUUGACAUUAAUUUAGGAGGAGGAUCAACACUCUUAAUUGGAGAGCUUCACAUUAGCAAUCAAUGUAUCAAAGGGGAUCCGUCUAGCUGAGCACCAGAUUGGGAAAGUCUGCUGCUACUUACCGUACUACCAGAAGCACCUUUGGUAGCAAGUUUAAUUUUUUUUAACAGAAUACAAUAAAUUAAUAAAAGCUGCAUCUGAAAUUAACAAUUUGGAAAUAUUCCGAAAUUCAGACCGUAUUUAUUUAUUUAUUUAUUUUGAAAAUGGACCUACUAACUGUAGAAGUUUAUUAAAUCCAAAUUUUGGAAAAGGCCCAACAAUUCUGUUUGAAAGGCAUAGCAAAAAGCAGAUAAUUAAAAAAACAAUUGGAUACAGUAUUUGAGAAUCUGGGCACAUCACAAUUUUCUCUUGCUUCAGUGUGAUGCUGCAUCAGUAGGCCUGGAUUGUUUGUAAAUAAACAGUCAGCAGUUUGGUCUGUGGUUGUGAUAACUUAAUUUAUCCCAGCCUAUAUUUUGGAAAUUAUAAUUUAAUAUCACUUAAAAGACAUACUGUAAGGUGGGGUGUGACCUACUCUGUUGUCUACCUUUUAUCAAUAGCAGUCCAGUUCUCCCAUUAGGCUCAUUUGCUCUUUUUGCUGUGGCCAAUCCAUGAAAAAUCAACUACUUUUAUGGCUAUAUCAAUGACUUCCAAAGAUUUUAUGUAAAAUGUUGCAAAGGAAUCUGAUGUAAAACACUGAAAUUUGCUUAUUUGAAACGUGAUUUACUGUACUGUAUGUUUUUUUUUUAAUAAAUGAAAAUUAUUUAUGAAAUAAUAUAUAAAAAGUACAACUAA